AUGGCUACGGGUGGACUGGAGAAGUGUGCUAAAGCAACUAUCAGGAAAGGCAAACUUGUAUCAAGGCCAAACGCUAAGCUGAAAGGCGAAACCGAGAUCCGGAACAUUGAUCAGGAAGGAGUCUACAAGUACCUCGGAGUAGACCAGAGCGACGGAAUACAGCACAGUCUCAUGAAGGAGAAGAUCCGGAAAGAGUAUUACCGUCGGGUCAGACUCAUCCUCGACACUGAACUCAACGCCAAGAACAAGAUGCAUGCAAUAAACAGCUUAGCCGUGCCAGUGCCGCAGUACAGCUUCGGGAUCAUCGACUGGAGAGAUGUACAGAUCCAGGAAAUGGACAGGAAGACCCGGAAACUACUAACAAAGUACGGAGUCCUGCAUCCGAAAGCUGACAAAGACCGAAUCUAUAUCUAUAGAAACAGUGGUGGCCGUGGACUCAUCGAGCUGGAAAAGAAGAGGAAAUACUCUCUUGUCAACAAAGGCGAUGAAUUCAAGAAGAAGUAUAUACCGCCCCAGCCUGGAGCCCAGUCAACACAGCCAAGUUUGCAAACCAUCAAGAGACAGAUGAAGAAAGCGUUGGCUGACGAGAAAAUCAACACCUACUCGUCGAAGCCUCUCCACGGCCAAUUCUACAGUCAAACAUUCGAGAAUUACCUAGAUAGAAAAUUGACCUUUGGAUGGCUUUGGAGCUCUGGGCUCAAAGGACAGACAGAGAGUCUCCUUACGGCAGCACAAGAUCGGGCGCUAAACACCGGAUACCAUCAGAGGAAGAUCUUGAAGAUGGGGGUGGACAGCAAAUGCAGACUUUGCCAGCAGCAAGAAGAGCAUGUCAGCCACAUAGUUUCUGGUUGCUCGGUAUUAGCGCUAAAUGAGUACACUCAUAGGCACAACCGGAUAGCUAGCUACCUGCACUGGUCAAUUCUAAGAGAGAUUGGCCUCCCUGCAUCUGAUCAAUGGUCCGAUCAUCACCCGGAAAAAGUCGUUGAAACAGAGACAAUCACUGUGAUGUACGACAUGCCUGUUAACACAGAUCGGACCAAUGGAGCCAAUCGACCGGACAUCAUCUUCCACGACAAGGUCAAGAAAAGAUGUCUAUUGAUUGACGUGGCAGUGCCAAAUGAUGCGAAUUUAUCGUCCAAGGAAGCAGAAAAGAUCAGCAAAUAUAAGGACCUUGAGAUCGAGAUUUCGCGCAUGUGGCACACUAAGACCCGCGUGAUACCGGUCGUAGUCGGAGCAUUGGGAACCGCCUGA